CAUAGACGACGUAAGUCACGGAUGACGGAAGAUAUUACAUAUAACCUUGGUAUAAACGAACAGGAAGUAAGUUGUCGUUGGAUAAUGUUUUGAAUUAAUCAAAGGAUAUUAAGGUAGGGAGUAGUGAAAUCAUAAGACAAUAUAUUCAUCGAAACAAUUCAAUAACAGUUGCAGGUUAUCAAAAUGAUUGUCGAAUUUAGAAAGGAAGAUCGAAGCCAAAUGACAAAGUGGAUUGGUGGUAUGAAAAAGUACACACUUUUGUAUAAGGCUUCUGGAGACGGGUGUACCUCAACAGCUUUCCAUAAUGCUUGUAACAAUAAAGGCCCAACUGUUACGAUCCUUUAUAAUCAUGAUAAUUUCAUAUAUGGAGGAUACACUUCAGUCAGUUGGAGAAGUAUUGGAAACUUUCAAUCGGACACAAAAGCUUUCCUUUUCAAACUUUAUCAAAAUGACACAUGGUCACCGGUAAAAAUGCCAAUAGCUAAUUAUCGAAAUAGCAUAUAUGACCAUGCUGACUAUGGACCAACAUUUGGUGACCGAGAUUUGCAAACCUUUUCUGGCAAAGUUAACUUUGAUGGUACAAUUUUCAACUUGAAUGGAAAAACAAAUUUUGGAGCAUCCUACACAAUGAAUGACGAAAAUUAUAAGUCUAUUGCUAAUGGCAACCUGAGAGUAAAAGACAUUGAAGUAUAUUUAGUUGAGGAGGAGCCAUGGAGAAAGACACCUAAAUGGAAUACAAAGCUGCUGGCUGAGCUAAAGGAAAAGGUUGAAAAAUAUAGACCUUUGCCGGGUUUAAAAAUUCAUCAAGCACGGAUUUUAUUGGUGGGACAGGUAGGCUCAGGAAAGUCAAGUUUCUUCAACACUAUAAACUCAAUAUUCAGAGGAUAUAUAACAAGUCAGGCGUGUAGUGGUAAUGCAGAGCAUAGUCUUACAACUGUGUAUAGAAUGUAUCAAAUUAGAAAAGGAAUAAGAGGGAAGCCAAUGAAUUUCCGACUUCAUGACACGAGAGGAAUUGAAGCUGACCAAGGAGUAGAUGCGAAUGAAAUUUGUUAUUUGCUUGAUGGAAACAUCCAAGAUGGAUACCAGUUCAAUCCAUCGGUCCCUGUUUCAACAGACACACUAGGUUUUGUAGAGAGUGCACACAUCAGUGAAACAAUUCAUUGUGUAGUGCUUGUUUUAGAUGGCACCACCGUUGACGUUAUGGCAGAAAAGGUCGCCGAAAGGUUAAAAAAGUUACAGAUGCGCAUGAACCAACGAGGUAUUCCGCAAGUAGUUUUGCUAACAAAGAUAGACAAGAUUUGUGAAAAAACAGAGGAAGAUUUAUCUAAUGUUUUUUACAGUCCUUUGGUCAAGGAAACAGUCGAAAGAGUUUCACAGAUUAUGGGAUUACCUAGGUCACAUAUCCUACCAGUAAAAAAUUAUGAAUCAGAGAUGGAUCUUAAUGACAAUGUGAACAUCCUGGCUUUAAUGUCCCUGCAACAAAUAUUACACUUUGCGGAUGACUACAUGUAUAACCACCUUGAUAAACAUAAAGAGGGCAUUAGUUUCAGCUUUCAUGGGAUGCUUCGAAACAUCAUAUUUAUUACCAUGUCAGCUGUUGUUUGUUUGUUGGCAUUUUGGUUUUAUAAGUAAA